CAGAGUGCUCUCACCAAAAACUAAAAGAAACUCUCUCUAAAUUUCGAUAUACUCUGUUCCAGGAAAAUUAAUCGAACCAUAUCAUAUAAUCAAUUCCAAAAAUAUCUGUAAUCAUCAUGUCACACAAUAACUUUUCCGACGAAAUGUCUGAAACUGAUGUCCAAAUCGUCACCUCCGGCGGCCUCCGCAUUCCAGCACAUUCCACCGUUCUGGCUGCUGCUUCGACUGUUUUAGAGAACAUACUUGUUCGGCCACAAAAGCGGCGGAGCUCGGAGAGAACUAUUCGGAUUCUUGGCGUGCCGUGCGACGCCGUUUCCGUCUUCAUCCGUUUUCUCUAUUCAUUCAAGUGCACUGAAGAGCAGAUGGAGAGAUAUGGGAUUCAUCUGCUAGCACUUUCUCAUGUGUACUUGGUGCCACAGCUGAAGCAGAGAAGCACAAAAGGGUUGGCCGAGCGAUUGACGAUUGAAAAUGCAGUGGAUGUGCUUCAACUUGCAAGGCUAUGUGAUGCACCAGAUUUAUACCUCAAGAGCAUGAAAUUUUUGUCUAGCAAUUUCAAAAGAGUUGAGGAAACUGAGGGCUGGAAGUUCCUUCAAAAUCAUGAUCCCUGGCUUGAGCUUGAAAUUCUACAGUUCAUGGAUGAGGCUGAGUUGAGGAAGAAGAGGACAAGGAGACACAGACUGGAGCUGAGCUUGUAUUUACAGCUAAGUGAAGCGAUGGAUUGUUUGGAGCAUAUUUGCACAGAAGGAUGUACUAGCGUGCAGCCAUUUGAUAAGGAACCUUCCGACAAGAGGCAGCCGUGUAGCAAGUUUGAUACCUGCCAAGGGCUUCAGCUUUUGAUUCGACAUUUCGCUACUUGUAAGAGAAGGACUAAUGGAGGUUGUUUGCGAUGCAAGCGCAUGUGGCAGAUCCUAAGAUUACACGCAUCCAUUUGUGACCAACCAAACGAUUGCCGGGUUCCCCUUUGCAGACAAUUCAAACUGAAGGUGCAACAAAGGGGAGAUGAUGAGCUGUGGAAAUCACUUGUUAGGAAGGUGGUGUCAGCCAGGGCCAUGUCUUCUUUAUCUCUGCCCAAAAGAAAGAGAGAGGAGGAACCAAGAAUGGACUUAAGCCAUCAUGAAGUGAUGAACUUUAGGUUGGCAGCUUAGUGUCAGUAGUUAGAAAGUUCAUUAAUUUCAUUCUCAGAACAGAGAAGUUAUGGUUAAGCAAAAUCAAUCUCUGUAAAUGGACCAUCAACGGGAUGCCAGUUUUUUACCAUUUCAUAUGUCCUACUGUAAAGGCCAAUUCUAUAUAUUUCUUUUUGAGUCGGUCCUUAAUUAGAAACGAGUCCUUUUAGUAGAUGAGGAGUAUAUAUCAACAGAAGAGUUGUAUACAAAAAGAAAAAUUGUACAACUAAUGGGGGGUAGUCAGUGUAUAUCUUCAUUUUGUUUAAUGAAAUUAAGCAGUUAGCCAUUA